GGAGGAGGAGGCCCAACGGAGGUCCCUGGCGAGGUGGCCAUUUUGAGAGGGUUUUCCACCCACGGACCCAAAGAGGAGCAGGAGCUUCGGGAUGGUUCAACGGUUCAUCUUCGGCAAUGGGAACGCGUCAGAUGUGCGAUUUUAAACCCAGCCAUGGUUGUAGCAUAGAGUUUUAAGCGCCUGAUCCAUGCAACAUAGACAAAAGGUGCAAAAGGUUGCUGCGAUGUGGAACCACACAAUUGACGGAUGAGGGACUUCUCUCGGUGCCUGUUAUUGGUACUUUGCAAGGAAAGAACGAAUGUAACCCUGGCAUUCCUUCGAAAGCGGGAAGCAAAACGCCAAAAGAAAGGUGUGGCUUUGCAGUUCUUUCCCUGGGAGACCACUGCAAAACCCGGCGAGAAGCAGAAAUGAACAUUGGUCCUUGUCCAGGACACCGGAAGAGAGAUCGGAGGCCUGGGCUCUGCAUAUCAUCUGCCUUGCUGGUCCUCUCAACCCUGGGUCCCUUCUUUUCCUUUGCCCCAACAGCUGGAGGCUCUGAGCUUGCAGAGAUGCAUGUUGCAGAGAUCCGAUUGGUCAAUGGGCGCAGCCGAUGCCAGGGCCGGGUGGAGAUCUUCUACAACAACACCUGGGGCACGGUGUGUGACGACGACUGGGACAUUGUGGAUGCCAACGUGGUCUGCCGCCAGUUGAGCUGCGGCCGUGCCAUCGCCAUGCCGGCCACUCUUUCCUUCGGCCAGGGCCGGGGCCCCAUAUUCUUGGACAACGUGGACUGCAAAGGGACCGAGGCAGCCCUCAACGAAUGCAGCAGCCACGGAUGGGGCAUCCACAAUUGCUACCACUACGAGGAUGUGGCCGUCACGUGUAACGAAUUCUUGCCCACCCAAGUGCCCAGAGGCCCGACUAGCAAAGCUUCCACCGUCUCACUACAAAACGGGGAAACUAAUGGGAGCAUCCGGCUGGUGAAUGGGGCCGAUUCCUGCCAGGGCCGAGUGGAGAUUUUCUACAAAGGGAUCUGGGGCACGGUCUGUGAUGACGACUGGGGCCUGAGCGAUGCCCGGGUGGUGUGCAAGCAGAUGGGCUGCGGCCAUGCCAUGGGUUUCCGAACCAAUGCCUUCUUUGGCUAUGGUACGGGGCGCAUCCUCUUGGACAACGUCAACUGCGACGGGGGCGAGCCUCACCUCUCAGCUUGCUACAGCCUGGGAUGGGGCAUCCAUAAUUGUGGCCACCAUGAGGACGCCGGAGUCAUCUGCUCGGGACUCGGGAUGACAACAGUCACUCCCAUCACAACAUCCAUCGCCCACAUCUAUGAUGAAUCCUUCACUGACAUGGCUACAGUCACAGAGGGAAGAGAGAGGCCUACGCCGGAGACGGAGGCGAUGAUGACCUCGGCCCUUCUUUUGCUGGAGAAAAGGACAGGUGGUGGCAUCCGACUGACCAACGGGAAUAGCAGCUGCCAAGGUCGGGUGGAGGUCCAGCACGGGCAAACCUGGGGCACCGUCUGCGACGAUGACUGGGGCUUCGCCAACGCCCAGGUGGUCUGCCGGCAGGUGGGCUGUGGAUCUGCGGUGGUGGCCACUGUGCUGGGCUACUUCGGCUAUGGCAGCGGGCCUAUCCUCCUGGACAAUGUGGGCUGCACCGGGGCCGAGAGCGACCUGGCGGACUGCUUCCACCUGGGAUGGGGGCAGCACAACUGCGGGCACCAUGAGGACGCCGGGGUCAUCUGCCGAGGUGUUGAUGAAUCAGGAGAUCCAUUCCUGGAGGACACCUUUCCCACUACAACCUCAACCACCACGCGACCAAAGGAUGGCUUCCUGCGCCUAGUCAACGGGAGCCACCGCUGUGAAGGCCGUGUGGAGCUCUUCUACCUGUCUCAAUGGGGAACAGUGUGCGACGACGCCUGGGAUAUGAAAGACGUGAGAGUUGUGUGCCGGCAACUGGGCUGCGGACGGGCCUUAGUCGCCGCAGGGGAAGCCCGGUAUGGCCAAGGCACGGGCUACAUUUUCCUCGACAACCUCAAGUGCAAGGGAAACGAGGCCUCGCUCUUGCGCUGCUCCCACAUUCGCUGGAACGUGCACAACUGCGACCAUUCAGAAGACGCAGGCGCCCUCUGCAACCUACUAUGAUGUGCUGGAAAGUAGAUGCUGGCUCACAGAAUUGGGUGUAUCCUUUGGAUUCAUUGUCUUAGGCUGUAUCCGCACUGCAGAAAUAAUCCGAGUCGACAGCUCUUUAUGUAUUUAAAUUUACAAUCAUGCCAUGCCUCAGUCCUAUCCUCACCAGGCUGAACAUCCCACAAAACUGCAAAUCCCAGAACUGCAUAGCAUUGGGCCAUGGCAGUUAAAGCAGUGUCAGACUGCAUUAUUUCUGCAAUGCAGAUACAGCCCCUGACACAACAUUUUGGGAGUCGAGUCGGGUCUCCACUGAAUCUGAGUGGGAAAACGGUUCUUUCUUUCGGCUUCAUGGUUCAUGCGUUCUUUUCUCCCCAGACCAAAAGUCGCUAACCUUAGGGAACAGAGCUGAGGAAGGCAGCCAUUCCUGAGACCCGCGUCCAAAGCCUUCUGGUGGUGCAGUCCCUUUGCAACAUGUACAUCCUCAGAAUGAGCAUGGGCCUGUACACAGGUCUUCUGUAAAUCUGUGUAUAUAUAUAUUUACUUGUAUUAUACCUUCCAACUGCCCCAAUUUGGAUGGGACACCCCCCAAUUAAUCCUCUGCCAUCCCAGUUUUUCAGCUGCUUUUAUAACGUCCCGGUUUCUCUCUCCUCCUCCCACAUUCCCACUUUGUCCUCAGCUUACUUACUUGUGGGGUGUGUUGUGUGUGAGAGAGUUGUGGGGACGUCCCAGGAUUUGCAACUGCAUUUCUAAAUAUCCCAUUACACCACCGGCUUUCUUUUCGGUGCUGGUUUCCCGACGCCUUACAAAACCCAGCACGCAACUGCUUUUCCAUGGUCCAGUUGUGCAAGCAACAUCGGGGGCAAGACGGCUUUGGAAAAGCUCUAAAGAAACCAGCAUGACACAGAGCUGGAGGAAAAGCUACAUUUGUUGGACUGUGUCUCCCACGACGUUUUAAAGAGCUGUAGUCCAAAUCUGGAACUUUCCCCACCUCUGAAUCAGAGGAGAUGGACUUUUAACAAAUGCAAGGGAUGCAUGUAUGUUUUAAAAGAAGAAUUAGCAUUGCAGAGAGGUUCAGAGCAGAUAUCCAAAUGUUUAAGACAACAUGGCCAUCUGUGUAAAUGUAUAUAAUUUGUGGGGUGGGAUGGGGAGGCUGUAAGAGUGUUUGUAUAAUUAUUUUUGUCCAUAUUACAUUGUCUGUAUUCCACAUUGUCCUUUCCCCCCCGAUUAUACCUAUAUAAAACCUUUGUUUUCUUGUAUUUUGAA